AUGGCUCAGAUUAUCAACCUAGUCCACGAUUUGAUACUGAAGCGCGAUACCUCUCGCGACAGUUGUCGCUCGCCCAGGCGCAAGAACAAUCGGCGCGCAAAGCUUUUGCAAACCGCUGAAUCAUCGGCACGAAAGUUGCGCGCAGAGAUGCAGCGAUUGAAGACGACGGUUGACCAAGUACGGACAAGUUGCACAAACGACGUGCGAAAACGCGAUAGAGAGAUCUCAAGGCUCAAGAGUCACCUAACAAGCCAACAGCGGGGCAACAAGACGGGUCUGGUGGGCGCAAGUAUCACAAUCAACCCCGGAAGCGUGGGCCUAGGCACUACCAGCACUGUACGCGACGAGGUGCCAAAUGUCGACGACCCUGAGUAUAGUCUCAAACAGGAGACGACUGAGUUCUUGACUCAUCUAAGCCAGAGCUUGAGCGAUGAGAACGACAAUCUGAUCGGUCUUGUACGGAGCACACUCCUGACACUGAGGGAGCUCCAGGGCAUGUCAGAGCAGAAUGGGAAAGGGGGCGAAGAAGAUGCAUCGGUUCUGGAUGAAGACGACGACAGCGCACGACAGGGCAUGCUCCACGCGCUGCCCACCAACUACGAGACCCUAGCCGAUGACAUGGACACAGUCCUGGACAAUCUGAAGAAUCUGCUCACCAACCCGAAUUUUGUGUCAGUGGAGGAGGUCGAGAUGCGCGAAGAAGAGAUACACAGACUACGGGCCGGCUGGGAGAAGAUGGAAGCUCGUCUACGCGAGUCUUUCAUUUUGAUGGACUCCUGGAGGAAGCGCAUGACCAAUGGCGACACUAUCAACCUCGAAGAGCUUAGGAUGGGUCUCGGUUUUAGUCAUGGCCUAGAAGCGGCCAACCAUGAAGGCAUUUCCAUCAUCGACGAGGACGAGGACGAGGACGAGGAGGAAGAAGAGGAUGAGGCUGCCAGCUCAGUCUUUGACGAAGAUGUGGAUGAUUCUGACGAGCAAAGAGAGCAACAAGACACAGAGCGCCAUCUUUCACCCAGAGUAGAGGAAGCUCCGGAAAGGACCAAGGGACCCGAUAUGUUCAAGAUCAAGCUGCAACCCAGUCAAUCAGCGCUUGGAGAAACCAGCGGCAACAAGUCGCCCAGAAAGGUAGCCUUUUCACCAUCCAUACCCAACACACCCUCUCAAGUCGAAAACGAGAACGCGGAUGCCUCUGGGAUCGACCUAGUUGGUGCGGAGAAGCCUAGUCGCCCAAGCUCUGCAGCCAAGCCACCACAGUCUCAAGAACGAGCAUCGAGACAAGCAAGUCGAGAUGGCCGGGCACCACGCCAUACCAAGAAACGCCUCUCUAGCCCACAUGCCCACCCCGAUGAGCCGUCACCCAAGUUGAAGGUCAAAGACAAGCUACGAGAAGCUGCGGAAGCUGCCGCCGUAACCGACGGCCAAAAGUUUACCAGCCCCACCGCACAGGUGGAUGACAGCGUCGCAGUCUCUGAAGACGUAACCACAAGGCGCGCAGCUAGGUCUCCAGUCAGGACAAGAGUCGGUGGCAGGCCAAAGAGGAGAAAGAGCACGUUGACGCCAGAGGAAUUGGCCAAUCUAUUGGGUUGCUGA